GCGAACUUUUAGUUGAUUUUUCGUGUGGCUGCUGCUGCUGCUUACUUUGCCUUUUUGUUUAUAUGGCUAACUCGACAACAAACUGAUAACAAUGCGGGCGCGCAAAUAAAAGCAACACAACAUAAAAUGCGGCUGACAAGAAAACAAAACUACUGACGAAUUAGCAUAAUUAAUGCGCAAAUGACAAUGUGAGAGAUGGAAAAAUAAACAGCAACAACAACAACAAGUUCAAACACAAAUAGCCAACAGCGUAACCCAAAACCUCUUACGAGUAAAAUUAACAAGCAGCAGCCACAAAUUCAAAUGAAGCGACGCCGCUCACAAAGCGCCAAGAAAUGUGCAUCUUCAACUGAGAUUCGAUUCAAGGCAAUUGCAUAAGCUUUCGCCGCACUACAGCGACAAAGUCUGUCCAAAGUCUGACCUCAUUUCUAAUUUAAAAACACAUUAGUUGCAAUUGUCGGCUCAAGAUGGACGCCUGGGAGCUGCUGCAGCAACUUUAUGUGAACUUAGUGUGCAUGUUCAAGAUCUACUUAAAGUUUGUGCUCUUGACGAUAGUGAUUUACUUUGUGGCCGAGUGGUACAUAACACGUUACGGUGUCGAGCUGGAGGAUCAGCUGGAUGGACGCGUCGAUGAGAACCAAAGACCUGGCUCCAAUAGCACGCUCAACAAAGUAUUUCGCUUUAUAGUGAAUUUUUUGAUUCUCUAACAAGCAACGAGCAAAGAAACUGAUGUCUAACACAAAUACUCUGCAGGAUUUUUAAUUUUAGUACUUUAUCUAUUUGUUUUCCAACUAUCAGUACUAUUUUCUAACUUCUUGUAUACUUUAUAACUUUAUUAUAUUAUAAAUUUUGGAAGGUCAGCUCAUAAUCUAAAACGGAAUCACAAUUCGAUUUGCUUGAACGGAACGGCAGGCAGGUCCCCUCAAGGCCUUUCAGAGAAUGCUUAAGCUCCAGUAACCAGUUCAGUUGUUUCAACAAAAGCAUUCCUUUUGUUACUUGCAAUUACAUAGCCAUAACAAUAACAAUCACAGCAGCAACAACAACCACAACAACAACAAUAUUACAAUAAAAAAUAACAAAAACGAGUUGAGCGACUUUUGCCGUUUUUUCGUUUAACAAUAAACAUUUUGCAUGCAACAUUUUAUUCUUUGAUUUCUUAAGAGCGCUGAGUUUUUAUGUUUGUUCCAAUGGUAAACCGCACAAAUUGCAGUGUCAUAUAAAAAAAUUGAGUGAACGCAACGGUAAAUUUAGCCAAAAUGGCGUUUCAGGCAAAUUGCAAAUAAGUUGCGAAUUUUUAUCAGUUUAUCAUAUUUAUUUUUAAUAGACUUUUCUGCAAGCUGCUGAUUUGCAACUACCCAUGCUACUGUUGUGUUAAUUAUAGUUGAAGUUAAAAAUUGCACAUAUAAUUAAAUCGCAACGAAAAAUAGUUUUAAGAGAUCAACAACAAAAAAGUAAAACAGCUGG